UCUUUCGGGUCAUGAUCGUGAAAUACUUGAAAAGGUACCACUAAUAAAAACAAUUUGUAAAUCUGCUGGAUUUAAAUAUACCUUUCCUUUGUUUUAUUCUGAAUUAAGUGCCAUAGUGGAGAAGUUGGAUAGUUUUUUUAAUGAAGAUAAAACGAUCAAGAAGUUAUCAUUAAAUGUUCAAAAACAUUCAGAUCAUAUGUAUACUAGUAAACUCAUUAACACGCAAGAGAUUAGUCAAAAGUUAAAGUUGACUAGUAAAGAAAUAUCGUCUAUAAAAAUUCCUGAUAAUUAUUAA